AUGACAAGACGUCAAUUUCCAAUUCGAUUGGCAUACGCUUUGACCAUUAACAAAUCUCAAGGACAAUCUGUGAAAUUUGUUGGGGUUGAUUUGCGUAUACCUGAUCUAAAGGAAUUACUCUCAGCAGUUUAUCCACAAUUGGAUGUGACAGAUACAUCAACCCCAUCAUUCUUAACGGAGCGUACAAUUCUUUCUGUACGAAAUGAUGAUGUCAGUGCUAUCAAUAUUGCUGCGUUGAAUAUUUUUCCAAGGAAUACAUAUACGUAUCUUGCUGUAGAUAAGAUGGCUGAAGAUGAUGAAAUUGAUCCUUUCGUUACAAACAGAUAUCCUAAUGAGUUUUUAAAUUCAUUGGAUCCUUCUGGGCUACCAACUUUUGAGGUAGAGUUGAAAGUGGGUUGUCCUAUAAUGUUAUUAAGAAACAUUGCACCGAAAGAUGGACUGUGUAAUGGCACAAGAUUGAUGGUAUCAAGGUGCGACACUCGCAUAAUUGAAGCUCGAAUCUUAACUGGAGAGAAGUUUGGCAAUUUGGCAUUUAUACCAAGGAUAUCAUUGACUCCGUCUUGUGCAGAAAUGCCUUCCCGAAUGACAAGACGUCAAUUUCCAAUUCGAUUGGCAUACGCUUUGACCAUUAACAAAUCUCAAGGACAAUCUGUGAAAUUUGUUGGGGUUGAUUUGCGUAUACCUGUUUUUAGUAACUAUACGUGGCAUUAUCCAGAUGCACAUCUUUCGAUCGUAUAA